GGAGGGCGGCCCAAGAUGGCGGCGGCGGCGGCGGCGACGGCGGCCUCGGCCACCGGUCCUGAGGAGGAGGAGAGGUCUGAGGAGCCGCUCAUGGAGUCUGAGGAGUCCGCCGGCUGCCGCGGGGGAGGAUCCUCGGACGACGACGACGACGAUGAGGAGGACGAAGAGGACGAUGAGGAGAAGGAGAACGAGGCGGAGAUCCAGCGCCUGGAGGAGCAGCUGUCCAUCAACGUCUUCGACUAUAACUGCCACGUGGACUUGAUCAAGCUGCUGCGGCAGGAAGGAGAGCUGGUUCAGCUGAGACGGGCCCGCCAGAAGAUGAGUGAGCUCUUCCCUCUGACCGAAGAAAUCUGGCUGGAUUGGCUGAAGGACGAGAUCAGGAUGGCUCUGGAGGGCUCGGAUCGCGAGAAGGUGUAUGAGCUAUUCGAGCGAGCGGUGAAAGACUACAUCUGUCCCGAAAUUUGGCUGGAGUAUGCCCAGUACUCGAUCGGCGGGAUCGGCGAGGAAGGAGGCAUCGAGAAAGUCCGCGGGAUAUUUGAGCGGGCCCUCACGGCCGUCGGUUUACACGUGACCAAGGGGGCGGCCACUUGGGAGGCCUACCGAGAGUUCGAGAACGCAAUUCUGGAAACGGCCCAGCCCGCGGCCGGCAGCGUCCCGUCCCCUGAGCAGCAACAGGCGCUGGCUCUGCAGCUCGACAGGAUCCACACCCUCUUCCGGCGCCAGCUCAGCAUCCCCCUCCUAGAUAUGGAGGCGACGUACGCAGAGUACGAAGAAUGGUCGGCCGACCCCAUCCCGGACUCCGUCACGCAGAGCUACAGGAAGGCACUGCAGCAAAUGGAGAAAUACAAGCCCUACGAAGAGGCCCUGUUGGUAGCCGAGACGCCCAAGCUAGCGGAAUAUCAGACGUACAUCGACCUGGAGCUGAAGACGGGCGAUCCCGCUCGCAUCCAGCUAAUCUUCGAGCGGGCGCUGGCCGAGAACUGCCUGGUUCCGGACCUGUGGGCCCGCUACAAUCAGUAUCUGGACCGCCAACUGAAGAUGAAGGAACUGGUCCUGUCGGCCCACGACCGCGCCGUGAGGAACUGUCCGUGGACGGUGGGACUGUGGAAUCGCUACCUUCUGGCCAUGGAAAGGCACGGGGUGGAUCACCGCCUGGUCUCCGACAAUUUUGAAAAGGCUCUGAAUGCUGGUUUUAUUCAGGCCACCGACUAUGUGGAGAUCUGGCAGGCCUACCUUGAUUACCUGAGGAGAAGGGUGGAUUUCAAACAAGACUCCAGUAAAGAAUUAGAAGAGCUGAGGUCCGCAUUCGCUCGGGCCUUAGACUAUCUGAAGCAGGAAGUCGAGGAGCGUUUCAGUGAAAGCGGGGACCCAUCCUGUACAAUAAUGCAGAACUGGGCAAGAAUCGAGGCUCGCCAGUGUAACAAUAUGCAGAAAGCCAGGGAGCUGUGGGAUAGCAUCAUGACUAAAGGAAAUGCAAAAUACGCCAAUAUGUGGCUAGAAUACUACAACCUGGAACGGGCUCACGGUGACACCCAACACUGUCGCAAGGCCUUACACCGAGCGGUCCAGUGCACCAGUGACUACCCGGAACAUGUCUGCGAAGUGCUUCUCACCCUGGAGAGGAUCGAAGGCACUCUGGAAGACUGGGACGUAGCGGUUCAGAAAACAGAAAACCGAUUAGCGCGAGUGAACGAACAGAGAGUAAAGGCCGCGGAGAGGGAAGCGGCCCUCGCCCAGCAGGAAGAAGAGAAGGCCGAGCAGCGGAAGCGCUUGCGAACGGAGAAGAAGGCGCUGAAGAAACUCAGGAAGACCAAAGCUGGAGACAAACGCAAAGCUGACGAGGACGAAGAGGAGGAGUGGGGAGAGGAAGAAGAACAGCCCAGCAAGCGGCCGAGAGGCGAAAGCAGCCUGCCUCUGCCGGAGGGGACGGAAGCCAUGGAGCUGGAGGCGGGACUCUUCGGGCGGAGCGCCGCCGUGAAAGUGGACCCCCCGUCCAAGCAGAAGGAGAAGGCGGCCGCCCUGAAGAAGGAGAUGCCCAAGGUCCCGCACGACAGCAGCAAAGACAGCAUCACGGUGUUCGUCAGCAACCUGCCCUACAGCAUGGGGGAGCCGGCCGGGGCGCUCAGGCCCCUCUUUGAAGGCUGCGGGGAGGUGUCCGAGAUCCGCCCCAUCUUCAGCAACCGGGGCGACUUCCGCGGCUACUGCUACGUGGAGUUCAAGGAGGAGAAGGCGGCCCUGCGGGCCCUGGGCCUGGACCGCCAGCUGGUGGCCGGCCGCCCCAUGUUCGUGUCGCCCUGCGUCGACAAGAACAAGCACCCGGACUUUAAGGUGUUUAGGUACAGCACCGCGCUGGAGAAGCACAAGCUGUUCAUCUCCGGUCUGCCGUUCUCCUGCACUAAGGAGGAGCUGGAAGAGAUCUGCCAAGCGCACGGCACCGUCAAAGACCUCAGGCUGGUCACCAACCGGGCCGGGAAACCGAAGGGCCUGGCCUAUGUGGAGUAUGAAAACGAAGCCCAAGCUUCUCAGGCAGUGUUGAAGAUGGACGGCAUGACGGUCAAACAGAAUACCAUCAAGGUGGCCAUCAGCAACCCCCCACAGAGGAAAUUCCCGGACAGACCCGAGGCGGGAAAGGCCUCGGCCCCCAUGGUCCCGCGACAGAUUUAUGGAGCAAGGGGAAAAGGAAGAACCCAGCUCUCGCUGCUCCCGCGGGCCCUCCACCGCCCCAGCCUCAAGACAGAGAACGGGACCGUCCCGAACCAGACGGCCGGGGCCUCCUCCCCAUCCCCACCGGGGGCCAAGAUGUCCAACGCCGACUUCGCCAGGAUGCUCCUGAAAAAGUGAACGGGACCGGAGGGGAGACGUGACAAUGCCUUCUAGGAAGCCAUUUUGUGUCCUUACUUAAACGCUAGGGAGAGAGAUCGGCCAUUGGCCCCCCACCCGGCUGCCGAGAACCACUUAGGGCGGUCGCAUCUCCCGGGCGGGGAGCCGGCGGCCGGAGCCCGGCUGGGAUUAGGCCGAGAGCGCGGGGGUGGGGGCGGGCGGCCCGGAGAUGAUCCCUCAUAUUGAGGGGAAGAAGUGGGGAGACGGCGCUAGCAGCACGGGCCGGGCACAGAGAGGAGUUUCAUAGGAUAUCCGUGUUUCCUGUUUUUUUGUUUUUGGGGGUCUUUGUUUUUCUGUCCGACUGGGGAGAGAGGAAAGCGAAACCUCGAUACUGCACUCAUAGAGCUCCACUCAUCCCAAGUGGCCGGCGGGCAGCUCCCCCGGCCCGCUGCCCUGCCUUGGGCCCCCACGCCAGCCGCGCCCGCCUCUCUCUGCGUUCUUCACCCGAUCCGAUGGCAGACGCUAGUGAUUCACCACGAUGGCCUAUUUUAGUAGCGGGGAGGGGCAAAACCCUAUCACCCGCCUGCGGGGUGGAUGUUCCCUUCCAGGUGAUAAGGUCUGUUUUUAUACGGCGCAUUGGGACACGACUCGGCAGACCCGUCGCCUUCGUCUCCCCGAGCGGAGAGCCCGGAGACAUCGGUUUGGUACGUGAACGCCACGUCCGCUCCCGCCCCGGACCGCUUCCCGUCGCGUCUGCUAGGUGACCCCGUAUCUCUCGUGUGAGCCCCGGGUUCAAGUCCUCGAUUUCUGUUGUCUGCAUUCGGCGUUCCGCGCCAACCCGACUCUGUCCCUCCCGCCGCCUUGGUUUUAUUAAACAGGUUCUCUAAGACGUUGCUGCA